CAUUUCCAAACUCGGCAGCACCGUUCGAAGCAAGCAGCUCCUGAUGCACUCGCAGUCACGAGUCUUGAAUUUUCGAUUUCCCCCGCCAGCCUCGUACCCAUUCAAGAUUGCCGUUGCAACAAUAUACAAACACCGAAAGUCAUCAUCAUCCAAGAUUGACUCCACAAGCCGCAUCGAUUGUUCAAUUCCUACAGUCUGGCAGCUUCUCUUCUCUACAAUUCUUCAUCUUUGCCAUUCAAUUGCGCUACUCAGGUGACCUUGCCGCCAGCAACCGCGCUCGCCGGCUUGGUCACUUGACUGCAUCAGAUUCGACCGACCGAAGGCGACGGGUGGCGCUGACUGCGCAAUCGAGCUGGUGCAUUUCGGUGAUCGCGAGGGCCGUUCGUCCCGACGUAGCUCUUGCGCCAUCCUCUAUCUACAUCAUCAUCCACACCACGCAAGCAUCUACGCGAUGCAGCAUCACGAGCCUUACCCACCUCGAGACAUGUACGCUCCGGGUCCAUCAAGCGCUGGAAUGACAUACUCCAUGCCGCGAGCCUCUCAUGUCCCUGUCGCCCACACAGACGAGCGCUCGCACGCAACUGCGAUGUGGGACGACUCGUCGAGUGGAUCCAAACGGAGUGCUGCCACUCCGCUCGCCGCCGCUUCGCCUACCUCGCCACCAAAGAUGACCACUGCCUGCACCAGGUGCAGCAAUCUGAAAGUAAAGUGCGAUGGUCAGCAACCUUGUGCAAAGUGCAUCACAGCAGAGAAAUCGGAUGAUUGCGAGUACAGGGCUGCAAAAAAGAGAGGGCCGCCUAAGGGAUGUCCGGCGCGCGGCGGCAUCAAGAAGCGAAGUUUCCUGGAAGGGGUCACUCAGCAGGACGAGCCUAGUGCGCCCCCGAGGAAAACGAGAGGGUCAUCAGAGAAUACACGCAAAAGAGGAAUGAAGUUGGCAGGAUCAGAGGGGGAUCAAAUUGAUGACGAGGCCUACAAGGCGGCGCGAGGGUUGCGCGACCUUCAUGGUCAAACAAGUCCUUCAAGCUCAACGACGUACAGCACAGCGCACAGCACCCACAGUGCGGGCCCAGCAUACGCAUCAGUCCUUGCAGCAAGCGAAGCAGAUGCUGGUCAUGGGCUACUCGCGCUCGGAGUGGCAGCAGCGCAAGCCGCAGAGUCUAACAAUCAACGCUCCGGAGGCUUUGGACAACUACAGCCAGGCUUUCCCGAGCAGUGGCCAGCCAUAGGCGCCAAGCAUGGCUCUCCGCCCUUCGCACAACCCGAUCUCAACCCACAGCGGCGUACCGAGGCUGCCGAGCACAUGGGCUUGGGUCGACCAGGGCUAGAGGCCUGGCAAACGACCUCAGCGCAGCGUGCAUCUUCGCCAAUCACGUCCAGCGCACCGCGCAUGAUCGCAGAUCCCACUGCGGCAAGUGCUGUCACUCGAGGCGACGGUAGCGUUUUCCCAGAUCUCCGACCGUUCGCUUCUCGACAGUCGUCUUAUGGUUUCAGUCAUGCGAGAACGCCUAGUGCUGGCUCGCAUCAGCCGGCAUUUCUUCCGGGCGCCACCCAAGGUCAAGGUGCACCAACAAAUGGAUGGCACGUUUCGAAUCCCCAACCAGGUCCCCCUCCAGCGACGUCACAAUAUAGCAACGAGCAAGCUGUACCCGGCGCUCUACCAUUCGCUAGUGAAGCAGCCAAAUUGAGCGGUGAUCACUACCUUGCGACCCUAGAUGAUCGGGUUGAAGACAGUCUGUGCCAGUACUUUCUCGCCUUUCACCACUCUCUAUGGCCAAUGUUCUACGCACCCACAAUCACAUCUCUCAAGGAAUUGCGCAAGCGCGAGCCGAACUUGUGGAAGGCAGUCAUUGGAGGGGCAGCUGCGACCGCAGAUGUCGAAUCAGGGCCCCCACGGUCAGGCAAGCCGCCCGUCGGCUUCACUGAACUCAGCGAGACAUUGAUCUCCGAUGCGAAGGCCAGCAUUCUCGCGAAUGAGCUUGGAUCACGUCCAAGGAUUGCCACGUGUCAGGCGCUCAUUCUCAUCACCCUAUGCGAGCUGGGCCAUGGCAGAAUGUCAUCCGCUUGGAAUCUUGGUGGUCUUGCUUGCAGAGUCGCUUUGGAUCUCAGACUUCACCUCGAGGACGAUCGCCCUCUACUCGCCAGCACGGAGGCACUCAGCGAAUCACGACCGUCUUCCUGGCUAAAGGCCGUGGUGCCUCAAGAGAGGAGACGAACGUUUUGGGCCUGCUACGCUCUCGACAAGAUGCUCUGCGCAGUGUUGGAGAAGCCUGUCAUGCUUCGAGCUGCCGAUAGUAGCCAGCCUCUCCCAAGCGCGUCGGAGCGCGAUGAGACCGACGUAUGGCUAUCCAGUGAGAGCGCUAAAUAUGCUGAAACCUUCGCUCGGAACGGCCUACAGGGUGUGCGCACACACUCACUUAGCAACUUUGUCGCGUGGGUCGAGACACUUCAGGCGCUCGAGACGGUUAUGCAAGAGGUGUACUCCUUGCGCGCUCGCAGUGAUCGCUGUGCGCCUGCUUGCAGCAGCAAUGCUUCGGAAGCCUCAUCAGGAGCGGAUGCUAGCGCUGCGCUCAAGCGCAACAAGCAGGUGCUGAUCUCAUGGACCCACAAUCUGCCUCGACACCUUCUCUGGGCAAGUCCAACGGCCAGAGCGAUAGGGGGAAUGGAUGCAACUCAGGUGCCGGGCUUCAAUCCGCCGCCCGUAGUCACUCCGCAUCUGCUCACCGUGCGCGGAUGGUUUUGCACCACGGUACUGCUCUUGCACCGACCAUGGAUCAUGUCGGACAGCGGCAUCUCAAGCGACGUCAAAGGCGGGGAUCCUGUUGGAACUGGGACCUGGGGCGGUAGGCAGGCGACACGCGCGUGCGCCAAGCAAGUAUGCUUGGUUGCCGCGACGGAAUUGCUUGAACUCUUUGCGUGCUACGAGAGAUGGUUUCGCUCCAGAAAGGUGCCCAGCAGUUGGCCGUACUUGCUUUUCUCUGCUGCUACUGUCUUUGCGCCUUUGGCUGGAUUUGGUCGCAAGGCUGUCAAAGAUCGGUCAUCACAGGAUGGACUUGAUGUAGCUUCGGAAAAGUACGAAGCUUGUAUGGCGAUGCUCGAACGCUUGUCGCAGGUCUGGGAGUCUGCGCGGCACCUCGCGUCGGUCCUCAAGUCUAUUCGCCGUUCGUCCGCCCUCGACAAAGCUGUGGAGGAUCCAGGGUUGAACGAGCAGCUGCAAGCGGUGGUAGACAAGACCGCAGGAGCAGUUGCCGCGCAUCCGGGUCAUGGCGCUGGCGUAGUACCGAUGACGCUCGGGGCUUACAUGUCCCGGCAGGCACAGCGAAACACACAAGAUGGCGGGUCUCCAAAGGAGGAGGACCCUUCUGGUGACGGGGAUGUUUCGUCAGCCAUUCGUCCCUGGACCUCUCAUGGCGGACCAGUCUCGAUGACGCAGAACGGGCAAAUGAACAAUCAGCAUUCAGCAUACAAAGAAGAGGAUUCGGCAAACAUGUUUGCUGGUCCUGAUGGCGUCGAUGCGAGCGCUGAGGCAGGCCAUCAUGGCGACCAACCUCUGAUUGGCUCCGCGAUGGAAAGCAUGGACAACAUUGCCGGGGCGUCGCAGCUGUCUUCCGACAUGGUCAAUACUGGAGUCAAUCUCAGCAGCGGAAUUUGGAACAUGAUGCCUCUGGGAAUGCCGGUCGCCGGCACGGAUCACGUGUGGGACACCUUCUUGGACACUCUGGCCCGAUGACACCGGUCAUCGAGAUUAGAAGACGAUUUGGGUUCGCGUAGCAAGGACGCAGCCAGACUUCGGAAGGUCCGCGACCCGUUCGUGGUCCUUCGUCCCCUUUGAUCUGCCGGCCGCGCCGUCCUCAGCGGGGCGAAACCGCAAGAAUGACGCCCCGCAGCAGCAGCUUCACUCAGUCACGGCGCCCACAAUCAGGACCCGACUCUUGACGAUCUCAUCGCUUCGACCCGUAGUCAGUGGCUGUGUGCAGCGCCUCCCUCAUUUGUACUCUUUUCAUCCCUACUACUCACUCUCAAAUUGAUCGCUACGCUUGCAACGCGACUCUGGCAGUUGCUCAUUUCGUAAUGGGAUGACGUCACUGCGCGAGUUGUUGAUCAAGCUUCAACAAGGGCAGAAACAUGAGAUGCG